AUGAAAGCACGCUACCCAAAGACUCCGAAUACGCUUGUCAUCCCCACCCCCACGGACGAAGACGAAGUGUUUCCGUUGUAUUUCUGGGCCCAUGGCGGCGGUUGGGUUGCGGGCAAUCUGGAUACCGACGACUACCCAUUGCGUGCAAUCGCUCAUGAACUCCGCGUCAGCAUCGUUAGCGUCGACUAUCGCCUUGCCCCCGUCUAUCACCAUCCAACCCAAGUGAACGACAGUUACACCGCGCUGAAAUGGGCAGUAGAGAAUGCCCAACUCCUCCGGGCCGAUGUCAAGAAAGGACUCGUCUUGGGCGGCAUGUCAGCUGGGGCCCAUAUCGUUGGCGUUCUGGCGCAUCGCGCUCGGGAUGACCCGUUCUUCAGCCAACGACCGGUCACAGGCCACCUUCUUCAGAUCCCCCCGUCUUUACACUACGCUGCCCAAGUUCCCGAAGAGUAUAAAAGUCAGCUAUUAUCACCGGAGCAGAACAAAUUCGCGCCGAUCUUGUCCACGGAAGCACUCAACAAGUACUGGGACAAGUUGGCUGGCGACGCAUCUCCCUCGUCACCUGACCUCUCUCCGCUCCUUGCCAGCCACGACGGGCUCGCCCCUGCCGUCCUCCAAAUCUGCGGACUCGACCCUCUCCGUGACGAGGCCUUUCUGUACAAUGACCUCCUCAUCAAAGCGGGCGUCAAGACGAAAGUCACCAGCUAUCCGGGGCUUCCCCACGGCUUCUCGUAUUUCUACCCCACCGUUUCAGAAGCCCGUAAAUGGAAUGAAGACUAUCGUGUGGGACUGAGGUGGCUGCUUGCUGGAGCGGCAGAGAAAGCGCAAUGA